AUGUCUCCUUAUCUAUCUCCGAUUCUUUCCCCCUCCAUUACCACACCCCCGUCCUUAGAUACCACACCUUCUGUCUCCAGACAGCUCUCCACUACGUCCAUUCAGGGUCUGGCUGACUUCAUUGUCUGUGCUUCGACCUCGUCACACCUUCCAGAAAGGCGUGUGGAGGUCGUGAAGGAAGAAGGACUACGCCAUGCGAAAAUUAGUUUAGAAGCAAGACACUAUAAGACACCUGUCUUUGCUGCUCACCUUCUUGACCUAUUGAGGACUCUCCGUAUACCAUCAUGGUCAAACUCAGCUAUCAAGUCUGAGGACAUCGUCGUUCGCAAAAUCUCCGGGGCAUUGACAAAUGCUGUCUUUUUCGUAUCUAGCAUAGGUUUGGUGAAAACCAAUACCCUAUUACUACGCAUAUACGGCCCUUCAUCGGGCUCUCUUAUUUCUCGGCCCCGCGAGCUUCAUACCCUCCAUAUGUUAUCAUCGCAAUACCACAUUGGGCCGAUUGUCUAUGGAACGUUCGAGAAUGGUCGCAUCGAGGAAUACUUUGAAUCAACAACCCUAACGCCCAAUGAUAUACGAGAUCCAUUGAUCAGUCGCUGGAUCGGUGCCCGAAUGGCUGAGCUCCAUUCCGUCGACAUUGACGUGGUGGAGGGAAACUCAACUCAGACCGGAGAACCCAAAGGGCGGGAGACAGGGGUCGAGAGGAAUGUCAGGUCAUGGUUAGCUCCAGCACGACAAGUGCUCGCGCUACCUUCCAUAUCUGAUAUCGUGCGAAGAGACCUCGAUCUACAUCGUUUUGAACAGGAAUGGCAUAGAUACAUGCUGUGGCUGUCCAAAGUAGACGAUCUCCAUACUGGUCGUAGACGAGUUUUCGCUCACAAUGACACACAAUACGGCAACUUGCUGAGGUUGAAGCAUCCCUCGGAAGGUCUCGAUGAGCAUCGACAGGUAUGUGAUAUAAACAACUAUCCGAAUUACCCGUAUCGCAUUCUAAAAUUGGCUCAUCUGAAGAUCAUCGUCGUUGAUUUUGAAUAUGCCUCUUCCAACCCGGCUGCUUUUGACAUUGCAAACCACUUUCACGAGUGGACGGCAAACUAUCAUUCUUCUACGCCUCACCUUCUAGAUUUCACCCGAUACCCAUCUUUUCAGGAACGACGGAACUUCUAUAUCGCUUAUGUGCAACAUACCACGGUGUUGGGGGAAGAUCCAGUGAUGGAGGCGCCUGACCUCGAGCGCUUGGUUUUAGACCUUGACCAACAGGUUCGCAAUUGGAGUCCGGCGUCCCAUGCGAUGUGGGCGAUCUGGGGAAUCGUUCAGGCAAGGGAAGACAUCGAGGGCAACAUUGCAGAUCCAGAGUUUGACUACAUAGGUUACGCUAGGGGACGACUUGCGGCUUUUCGCAAAGAGAUUCAGAUUCUUGGGUUGUAGAUACAUUGAUCUGGUUGACAGUGAUUACAUUACAUUUGCUCUAAUGAUAUCUAUAUCUCUGUUC